ACAGAGUCGAAGCAGAACCAGGGGAAACCAUGGGCAAGGUGAAAGGAAAGCAUCGUCUUGAUAAGUACUACCACCUCGCCAAAGAGCACGGCUACCGCUCCCGUGCCUCAUGGAAGCUCCUCCAGCUCGACGCCAAGCACUCCUUCCUCCACUCCUCCCACGCAGUCCUCGAUCUCUGCGCCGCCCCCGGCGGUUGGAUGCAAAUCGCCGUCCAGCGCGUCCCCGUCGGCAGCUUCGUCGUCGGCGUCGACUUGGUCCCCAUCGCUCCUGUUCGCGGCGCCUUCUCUAUCCAGCAGGACAUAACGAGGACCGAGUGCGUCGCCAAGCUGAGGAGGCUGAUGAAGGAGAACGGCUGCUCCGCCUUUGAUUUGGUGCUUCAUGAUGGCUCCCCCAACGUCGGUGGAGCCUGGUCGUCGGAGGCUACGUCGCAGAACGCUUUGGUCAUUGACUCGGUGAAGCUGGCCACGCAGCUCCUGGCUCCCAAGGGCACAUUUGUCACCAAGAUCUUCAGGUCACAAGAUUACAAUGCUGUCUUGUUUUGCCUCAAGGAGUUAUUUGAGAAGGUUGAACAGUAUAAACCAUCAGCUAGUCGUAGUGCAUCUGCGGAGACAUAUCUUUUGGGAUUUAAGUACAAGGCUCCUGCAAAGAUUGAUCCUCGUCUGCUUGAUAUGAAGCAUCUGUUUAAAGCCGUCGAACCUCCGAGGAAGGUGGUGGAUGUACUAAAAGGAUCAAAGCAAAAAAGACACCGUGAUGGGUAUGAAGAUGGAGACACAAUUUUGAGGAAAGUAUCUGCAGCCGCUGACUUCAUUUGGUCUGAGAGUCCUCUUGAUAUUCUUGGGUCUGUUACUUCCAUAACAUUUGAUGAUGUGACAUCUUUGCCUAUCAAGGAUCAUGGUUUGACAACAGAGGAGGUCAAAAUCCUAUGUGAUGAUCUGCGUGUUCUGGGGAAGCAAGAUUUCAAGCAUCUUUUGAAGUGGCGGGUGCAGAUAAGAAAGGCCUUGUCUCCUUCUGAGAAAGCUACUGUUACUACUGCCCCAGAUGUUGAAAAGGAGAAUAAGGAGGAUGAUGAUGACAGAAUACUGAAUGAAAUGGAAGAGCUUACAAAUGCUAUGGAGCGCAAGAAGAAACGAGAAAAGAAGCUACAAGCAAAGAAGCGUGCUCAGAACAAGGUCCGGAAGGCAACAGGGAUGCAAAUAGAUGCAAUGCAAGAUGGUUAUACAGAUGAUACUUUAUUUUCCUUAUCUGCAAUCAAGGGUAAGAAAGAUCUGGUAGCGAUUGAUUCCACUGAAUAUGAUGAUGAGAAUGGGGAGUUGGCAGAUAGCGAAAACGAGGAUAGGCAAGAGAAACCUGAGGAAGCAUCUUCCAGUGAUGUAGACUCUGAUGACGGACGUAGAAGAUAUGAUGCAAAAAUGGAAGAGCUUCUAGAUCAAGCUUAUGAACAUUAUGUGACCAAAAAGGAGGGAAGUGCAAAGCAGCGAAAGCGUUUGAAAGAAGAGGGUCAAAGUUUGGAGGAUGUUGACGGUGAAGAUACAUUUCCAUCUGAUUACGAUUCAGACAAAGAUGAGGCUGAUCAGGAAAAGAAUCCUCUCUUAGAUGCUCUUGAUGAUGGGGAAGGACCAACUCAGGAGGAGGUUACAAAUAAUUGGUUUAGUCAGUCAAUCUUUGCAGAAGCUGUAGAGCAGGGGGAUUUGGAGAAGUCUGAUAGUGAAGACGAAAUGGAGGUUGGAAGUCCAGAAGAGAAAUUGCCCCUGCAAGAGAAGCCAAAGGAAAAGACUGUUGUUAAAAAUGUUAGAGAAAAGCCUGAAAAUCGUGUUAUAGGGUCCGAUUCCGCUCAUGAAGUCAAAGCUAAGAAGGCAGAUGACGAUUUUGAGAUUGUCCCUGCUCCUGAUACAGAUUCAAGUGAUGAUUCAUCAUCAGAUGAGUCGGAGGAUAUGGAUACCUAUAGAAAAGCUGAGAUACUGGCAUGUGCCAAAAAAAUGUUGUCAAAGAAACAAAGGGAACAGAUGCUUGAUGAUGCGUAUAAUAAGUACAUGCUUGAUGAUGAAGGCUUGCCCAAAUGGUUUUUGGAUGAGGAAAAGAAGCACCGACGACCAAAUAAGCCAGUGACCAAAGAAGAGAUCAAUGCAAUGAAAGCGCAGUUUAAGGAAAUUGAUGCCCGACCGGCAAAGAAGGUGGCAGAGGCUAAAGCUCGAAAGAAGCGGGUUGCCAUGAGGAAGCUUGAGAAGAUUCGCAAGAAGGCCAACACAAUAUCAGAUCAGGCAGAUAUCUCUGAUCGUUCUAAGAGCAAGCAAAUAGACCAAUUGUACAAGAAGGCUUUGCCCAAGAGGCCUAAAAAGGAGUAUGUGGUUGCGAAGAAAGGAGUUCAAGUCAAGGUUGGCCCGGGCAAAGUCCGUGUUGAUGCACGAAUGAAAAAGGAUGCAAGGGGUCGUGGAACAGGUAACAAAUGGAAAGGAAAAGGCAGUGAAAAGAAAGGGAAAAAUGCGAAGGACAAAAGAGGUAAAGGAUCUGGAGGGAAGCCUUCAGGAAAGAAGGGCAGUACCAAAGGGAGAAAGAUGGGCAUGCAUGACUGAGCUUUCAUAUAUUACACAUGAGUUGUUUGCUCUUUCAUUUAUUUAUCUUAUUUUUGUUCCUCCAUUGCGAUUAAGUUUUGUACCAUUUUGAUGCAGAUUUCAUUCGUUAAACUUUUUUUUGUUUGUCUCAGUUCUAUCCAAGAUAUAAAAUUAUAAACCAUCACAGAGAAUGUAUUGUGUGC